GGAAACCCCCCCGUACCCCUCCCCCACCGCCGCUGCUCCUCGUCAUCGCCCCCCCCACCACCGACUGGGUGAAGCUCUUCAAGGGCAAUCCGUCCAUGGGGAUGUGGAGCUGCGAGUGGAACAGGCGCAGUUCUCGGAGCUCUCCCUCGUGGUCUCCACUCACGGCGCCCUCAGCGUCACCAUUGACUCCCCCGUGGGGGCAUCAGUUUGCCCAGUUGGCCCAACUGCAGCGCGAACUGGGACCCGAGGUCUUCCCACUGGUGCCGCAGCGCUUCUGCAACCGCCCUCGCGGACUGGUCACCUCCCCCACUUUCCCCAUGUUGGUGACGCUCAGCCCCGCCCCCCCCCCGGGGUCGGACAGGUGCGCGUGGGGUCCCCGGAGGCGCUGGAGGUGGUGGCAGCGGCCAUGGGGGCCACCAGGGCGGCAGCGCUGGUGACGGGGGGGACGGGGGGCGGCGAGCGGCUGCGCGUGCAGCGCAUCGGCAACGAGUACAGAGCCCUACGGUGGUCGUUGGGGACCGGAGACCCCCCAGGAGAGGAGAGUAAAGUGGAACCGAUGGAGCUGAGUCCUCGGCUCCGCGCGUGGGUGGACGCCUGUUCGGGGCUCUUUGGUGGCGUUGAGGUCUGUGCGGUGGCGGCCCUUCGGGACCCCAACGGCAGAGAGAGCAUCGACCGGGUCUUCGGCUCUUGGCUGCCGUUGGUGGGUCCGAGCGCGGCCGAGGAUCGCUCUCAUUUGGUGGAGUUGGUGUUGACUCGGAUGAGGACGGAACUCCGUCGGAGCCCCUCUCCGGCGCCACCGCGGCCACAGAUGUCAGCGUUAUCGGGGUCCCCCCGAGCUGCGACCCCCCUGCAGAGACCCCCCCCCCCGGCCCCGCCCCCUCCAAGCCCCGCCCAUCUAAGCCCGCCCCAUCUCUUCACAGGAGCCCCCUCACCGCCUGGCCCCACCCAGCCCCGCCCACAGGACCAACAAGCCCCGCCCACCGCCGAGCCACGACCACCUGGACAGCAAGCCCGCCCACCACCUCCAAGCCCCGCCCCAAGAGCCAUCAAGGCCCUCCCACCGACCAACCGAGGCCCCAGACCCCGCCCCUCUCCCCUCAGCCCCGCCCAGUUUCUCCUGGACACGCCCCCUCACGAGGGAGCCGCCCCCAGAGCCCUCAAGCCCCGCCCACUGCCCUCCAGCCCCGCCCUCAGACCCCGCCCAUUGCUCAGCCCCGCCCACCGGGCCCUCAAACCCCGCCCACUGCUGCUCAGCCCCGCCCCCAAGCACCACCCGUGA